AACAUCCCGGCAGUGCUGCAGGAAGCGCUGUGGUGGGAACCCGUGCAGCGAUCGAUUGCUACUGUCUGAUCUGCGUGAUGUAAAGAUGGAUGCCUGCCGAAAUAUGUUAUAAUCGUGGGAAGUUUUAACUCCCUGCCGGUGUUCGACGUGUAAAUUCCCUCUUCUGGCCGACGCUUGCUGCGCUACAGCAUGACCACAGCAGCGUUGGCUCAUCUAGUAGUUCUGGCAAAUGAAAAUGGAGGAGGUUUCAAUGUCCAGCCUGGACAACAGCAAACUGGAGGGCCUAGCUCAGGACAUCCUGUCUGACUUGGUGGAAGAUGCGUGUCUAGGUCUUUGCUUCGAGGUCCACCGGGCCGUCAAGCAGGGUUACUUCUUCCUGGAUGACACGGACCAAGAAAGCAUGAGGGACUUUGAAAUUGUGGACCAGCCGGUGGAUGUGUUUGGCCAGGUGUACAACCAGUGGAAAAACAAAGAGUGUGUAUGUCCCAACUGCAGUCGAAGUAUCGCUGCCUCGCGCUUUGCACCACUGGAGAAAUGUUUGGGCAUGGCGAACAGCAGCCGCAUAGCCAACCGCAGAAUAGUCACUGGUAACAACACCAGUAACAAGUCAGAGAGUGACCAAGAGGACAAUGACGACGUCAACGAUAAUGACUGGUCUUAUGGGGCAGAAAAGAAAGCCAAGAAAAGGAAAUCUGAUAAGAAUCCAAACUCACCCAGAAGAUCCAAAUCAUUCAAGCAUAAGAGCAGCAUGAUGGGCCCUCGACGUCGUUUGGACAACCAGGAAAGUCCUCGCAUGCUGAUGAAAGAUGAGGCAUUCCCUCAGUAACGCACUCAGCCACAAACACAUUCGUGUCGUACUGUGUGUUGACAGACGCACACACCGGGGGAGGAGGAGAGGGGGGAGACCAACCAACCAACCAACACAUCACCAUUGGUUCUUUGUGGUGUUUAAAUCAAUGGACUUCGAUGUUCUAGGUGGUGUUUAUGGUGUUUGCUACUCUGCAGAAGCAGUCCAGACCUCCCACUGUAUACUUGACAGAUUUUUGUUUUCCUUUUUACAAAAUCAUUGUACAAUAUUCUUAAGUUUUUUUUUUUUUAAUUAUUAUUUGCUGGAGUCCAAAAAUCAUAUCACUUCACCAACAAGCAAGCAAGUCCAUUCCGGGUGUAAUUCAUGCAGUGGCCACGUGGGGCAGUGCAAAGCAUUCUUACAAGGUCUGGUUACAUGUGCACGUAUCGUUUCUUAAAAUACAGCGACUAUUCAGCGUCGGCUGUACUUGUUGAACAGUAACGUGAGAGCAUCACAUCAGCUUUGGGACAAUCAUCACGAAUGGUUCGUCUUUUUCAUAUUCACCGUCAGGCUCGUCGUCCUCCAGCUGAAUUGCAAAACAGUUCGUGAAGCAGCAAAUCGAGAUUGUUGUUCACUUGUGGAAACACGCUUUGAAAUGUUCAGUGAAUGAACGCCUAAUUAUACAAGCAGCUAUUUGCUGCAGAAAGCAAGGGUCUCUCUUUUUUGUGGCUAGAUCAUGUUGUUUUCUAGCAUUUAAAUCUCUUUGUAUCAUUGGUUUACAUUGUAAAGGGUUACAUAUAUCCUUGGUGUGAUGUGAUAGUGUAAAUAUUCCAAUAGUUGAAUUGCUGCUAUCAUGGCUCAGUUUGUUUCAUCUGUUUAGCAUAAUAAAUGAUUUGUUACCUGUUU